AAAAAAAAAUUAAUUUCUUUCCAAGUAUGUCAAUAAUUAAAUAAAUCAACUUCAUAAAAAGCCACGUCAGUGUUACCGUCGUCUCUCAAGUUAAUUCCUCUCAACAAUUCCCACCAACAACAACAACAAUACAAACAAACAAAAAACAAAAGAAAAACAUUAAAAAUCAAUCAUGGAGGAGAACAUCCGGACGCAUCUCAUUGGUCCAACUCACGACAACAAUCCGGUGCUGGCCGAAAACUUGGAAUUCUGGAUGACCCGACUCCCAGGAACGCUGAAAAAAAUCCCGCUCAUCAACUUGGCGAUUCCAGGCUCCCACAACACAAUGACCUACACAAUAAACCGUUUUAAUGACGUAGGACCCGACGAACCGGCCUCGCUUCAGUUUUUCGGUAAAUAUUUUUCUGUUGUUUCGAAACCUCUCAUAUUUAAUUGGUCUGUUACGCAAUACGAUGACGUAGUCCAGCAAUUGAACGGGGGGGUGCGUUACCUGGACUUUCGAUUGGCGACGAAGGCCAGAAAUAAUAACAGUGACAUUGAACGCAAUGAUGACGAUGUCUAUUUUCUGCACGGUCUCUAUGGUGACGAAGUGACACAACAUCUAGUAGAAAUAAACAAUUGGUUGCGUUCACAUCCAGGGGAAAUAAUAAUCAUCGAUUGCCAGCAUUUUUAUUCGUUCAGCGAACGGGCCCAUGGGAAAUUCGUCAGCAAACUUAAGAAUAUAUUCAAAAAUUUUAUUUGCCCGUCGACGGUCAAUUUGUGGAAGGUAACGUUGGAGUGGAUGGUAAAUUACCGGUACCAGGUGAUAAUCAUCUACAGGAAUGAGAUUAUCAGGAAGGAAAUGAAUUUCUGGCCGAGUGGGUUGUGGCCGACCCCGUGGCCGGACACUACGAGACCCAGGGCCCUGGUAGAUUUUCUCGACAUGAGACUGAAGACCCGGUUAGCGGACACGGGGUUCGUGUCCCAGUGCCUGCUGACCCCGGACGCGAGAUAUAUUCUGAGACAUUUUUGCGGGAGUCUUCAUCGCGACCUGGCGGGGGUUUGCAGAAAGACUUCGCUGGACUGGAUCAGAAGACAUGCGCCUGGAGCUGGGGGACUCAAUAUCGUAAUCACGGACUACGUUUCUUAUGAUAAUUUUCUGUUUUCGCGGGUCGUUAUUCAGAGAAACGCUUUGCUGAUAGAUAAUUCCAGUAAAUAUUUGGAUUCUUUUGAUCAGCAUCCGGGUCAGGAAUUGUAAGGAGGUGACGGUAAAAUAACCCAGGAUUUAUUGCUCAAGUAAUUCUGCGGGUUUAUUUUUUGUUGCGCAGGCUGCAGUUACGAGAUUGAAAGUUAUUGUUGAUGUGAGAAUUAUUUUCGUAGGCUUUAAGUAAUUGAGGGUUUAAAUGGCUCAGUUGUAAAAAGUAUUGAAAAUGUAUUUUUUAGAUUUUAUUUUUUGUUAGGAGGAGAAA